UCUUCCUACCCAACUUCUUUGGCCGCGGCUCCGGUGCCGCGCGGGCCUCUGGGAGUGGAGGGGCGCGGUCGGGUCUCGGGUGGGUUCCGCUCCGCGCGCGGGCUUCUGGGAAGUGUGGUCGGGCCGACCGCGCAGGCGCCGCGCGGCCUGGCGCGCCUAGCGCGGUGGUCAUUGUCCAGACCGAGCGGCGUGGACAGGAGGAAGCACUAGAAUGAGUGCCUUGGACAUGCACAUGCAGACAUCUCAGGUUCGACGCCUUUGGGGCUGAACUUUACUUCCAGGGAAGGCUCCUCAGCCGCCAGAGGAAAGUGGCCCCUGCUGUGUGCCCUGCAGCCCCCUUUGCUGUCAGGCGUUGGCUCUGAGACUUCCAGGACUGCCCAUCGUGCAUCCCGUGGACUCCACCCCCGCCCCACAGCCCAGACAAAGCGUGCAGGCUGCUCACGUGGACACUUGGCCCGCAGUGAAAGAAGCGGGCCCGAAGGAGGAGAUUUCGGAAGACGGACCAUCCGCAGAAGGGCCCGUGAGGCACGGGGCCGGGGGUGCCGCCCUGGGCGGAGCGCGCAUGCAGGGUGACCGCAUGGACACGGCGCGGGGGAGCGCUCGGAGCCGUCAGGGACGGCGGGGAACCUCCCGGGAGUCGGCCCCCGAGUGCCCCCCAGCGCCCCCCGGGUCGGCCAUGCGGGGAAAGGGCCUCGCAGGUCACUCGGAGCUCGGGAAUCCCUCCAGGCCGGACGCGGAGAAGAGCGCGUACGGCUGCAGCGAGUGCGGCAAGGCCUUCGGCCGCAGCUCGUCGCUGACGAAGCACCAGCCCAUCCACACCGGCGAGAAGCCCUUCCGGUGCGACGCGUGCGGGAAGCAGUUCCUGGAGCGCUCGUCGCUGACCGUCCACCUGCGCGUGCACACGGGCGAGAAGCCGUACGCCUGCGGGGACUGCGGCAAGGCCUUCAGCCAGCGCAUGAACCUGACGGUGCACCAGCGCACGCACACCGGUGAGAAGCCCUACGCGUGCGGCGCUUGCGGCAAGGCCUUCCGGAAGACCUCGUCCCUCGCCCAGCACGAGCGGGUGCACACGGGCGAGAAGCCGUUCGCGUGCGGGGACUGCGGCAAGGCCUUCAGCCAGAGCAUGCACUUGCUGGUGCACCGGCGCACGCACACGGGCGAGAAGCUGUACGCGUGCGGGGACUGCGGCCGCGCCUUCAGCCAGCGCAUGCACCUCACGGAGCACCGGCGCACGCACACGGGCGAGAAGCCCUACGCCUGCGGGGACUGCGGCCGCGCCUUCAACAAGAGCUUGUCGCUGACGCUGCACCGGCGCAACCACACGGGCGAGAAGCCGUACGCGUGCGGCGAGUGCGGCAAGGCCUUCAGCCAGAGCUCCUACCUGAUCCAGCACCAGCGGCUGCACAUCGGCUUGAAGCCCUUCGAGUGCGGCCGCUGUGGCAAGGCCAGCAAGAACUCGGCCCUGACGCAGCACCAGCGCCUGCACACGGGCGAGAAGCCCUACGCCUGCCCCGUCUGCAAGAAGCACUUCACGGGCCGCUCGUCGCUGGUGGUGCACCAGGCGGGCCACACCGGCGAGAAGCCCUACGCCUGCGGCGAGUGCGGGAAGGCCUUCGGCCAGAGCGCCUACCUCAUCGAGCACCAGCGCAUCCACACGGGCGAGAAGCCCUACCGAUGCGCGCAGUGCGGCAAGGCCUUCAUCAAGAGCUCCUCGCUCACCGUGCACCAGAGGAUCCACACCGGGGAGAAGCCCUACGCGUGCGGCGAGUGCGGGAAGACCUUCAGCCGGAGCACCAACCUCACGCGGCACCUGAGGGUCCACGUCUAGGGAGGCUGGGCGCCCCCCAGUCUGCACCAGGUGAACGGGGUCCUAGGCUUGGAGUCUCCCCCCAGAUGGGUGGGGUCCUCUGCGCGGAGUCUCCACCAGGUGGGCGUGGCCCUAACCUCGGAGUCUCCGCCAGGUGAGUGGGGUCCUUAGCGUGAACCUCCACCAAGUGGGCGGGCCCUUACCUCGGCUGUAAGUGGGGGGCGCUAUGACUUGGGGGCCCAGGGUGGCACAGCCCCACAAAAUCUUAGAAUGUGGGGGUCCAGGACCGGCUCCCACUUUACGCACGCUCCUUGGCCCUGCGUCCUCACCUCCGGACCAGAAGGCAAGCUCCUCCGUGCCCAGUGUACUGGGAACGCUGCGAAGCUGAAUGUGGCUGGAAACCCAGGGGAGCACCAGGAACCCAGGGGGCCAGAGUUCCGAUCCGAGCUCUCAGUAGAUAAGCGCUGGGCUGGAGCGUUUCCAGCCUCCGGUCUUCCUUGGGUAGGGGCGUGGAGGAGGUGUCUGGAUGAGAGCGUGGGGACAUGUCUCCUCUUGGCACACACACCCGUGGUCUAGUCCUAACAAGGUGGUCACUGUCUGUGAGCUCCCUAAGAUCUAGAGGGGGACCGUUCCUCUUUCCACAUCCCAGCCCCGCUGCAGUCUCGCUAAACCGUUCUGGAAGAGCUCACCCCACCCCAAGCUAAUAAGCGGUAGAAGUUGGCAAGUUAUUCGUGAGGGGGGAAAUUUUUUUUUCGAGGUAGCAACAACAGUAAUUGCUUCAGAUGCCAAAGUUUCUCAUGGUGGUCUGUUCAAAUUUUUUUUAAUAAAACUUCACGAAGGAAGUCCAACGUCAUUUUAAAGUCAUCAGACGAGAAAGGAACAGGGACCGUGUGUUCCGUCAAAGUCGGUUUCAGUGCUUGUGGGAGAAGGUGGGGGAGCGAGCAGCAGCAGGCCUAAUACUCAGGGUUAAAUACUGGAGUUAACAAGCUUGCGCGCUGGAGUCUCUUUUCAUAGUUGUUUUUGCAGUUAAACUUGAAGGAAUGUCCUCAGCUUGACCUGAAGCUUUGUGUACACAGAGUUCCCCGAGUCCCCUCUUUCUGGGGCCUGUUUUGUUUGGUUGGUUGGUUUGGGGUUGUUUAUUUGUUUGGUUGGUUGGUUUUGCUGCAGGCUUGCAGGAUCUCAGUUCCCCAAGCAAAGACCGAACCCAGGUUAAGGCAGUGAAAACCCAGAGCCCUAACCACUAGACCUCCAGGGAACACCAGGGCCUUUUCCACCACUUUUGUUAUUUUAAUACUCAGUGCUACUGGUCACAAAUAUCCUGGUGUGUCUGAAUGUCCCACACUUCCUGACACCAGUGUUCAUGAAGAAUAAAUAAUUCAUUCUAAGCAACCACUUAGAUCCG